GCCCCUCUAUUUAUCUUUAAAUAAAUUUAUCUUUAAAUAAAUAGAGGGAAAUAUUUUAGUAUAACUUUAGUGUUUUGUGAAUUCUUGAUUCCAACUGAUAAAAUAUGGAUCCCUUUAUUUUUGAAAAGUAUUUAUGAACUUCAUUUAUAAAUGUUUUGUCCCCCAUUUGCCCCCCAUCUUAUUCUGCCCUGGGCCCCGCAGGACUUCACACCGCCUCUGUCUGUUGCUUCAGCAGCGUCGGCGGGUAUUUGACCGGAUGCAGGAGCCGCUCUGCCAUUGGCUGCUCGGCAUCGGAAGGCCGGGCGGGUGUUACCGGCUGAACCGGGGGCUGCAUGCCGGGAUGCUGGCGGCGGACUAGACCCCGCAGCGGAGGGAUUUUAAUCAUCCAUUCCGGCAGAACGGAGCGUCUUCUGAUGAGGAAACAACUGUUUUCUGUUUUUAUGUCGCUUCCGCUUCCAACUCUUCAAGCGUGAGCGCCAUGGUGGCGGGAGAGCUCGUGCAGGAGCAUCUGCGCGCGGACACCGGCGCACCUGACUACAUCACGGUGGUCAGGAAGAGUCCGCAAUCGGAGAGCGCACGGCGGCCAGCCGACACCGACUCCUGCUCCGACUCGGCAUGUGGUGGGCCAGACCGGCACCGGGACCCGGAGGAGCUGGAGGUCCCGCCGGAUGAGAGAGCGGCGAUGCUGCCCGGCGCCGGUGGAGGAGAGGCGGGAGGGAGGGCGCCAGAAACCAGGCUGUAUUGGCGGCGGUUCGGGGUUCUGGCCGUGUUCAGCCUGUACUCCCUGGUGAACGCCUUCCAGUGGAUCCACUACAGCAUCAUCACCAACGUGUUCACCAGAUACUACGGCGUCACCAGCGACAAGGUGGACUGGCUCUCCAUGGUCUACAUGGUGGCCUACAUCCCGCUCAUCUUCCCGGCCACCUGGCUGCUGGACCGCCGCGGUCUGCGGCUCACGGCCCUGCUGGGCGCCGGACUCAACUGCGCAGGCGCCUGGCUCAAGUGCGCCAGCGUCAGCCCCGACAGGUUCGGGGUCACCGUGACGGCGCAGGUCAUCUGCUCCGUGGCGCAGGUCUUCAUCCUCGGCCUGCCGUCCCGCAUCGCCUCGGUGUGGUUCGGACCGCGGGAGGUUUCCACCGCGUGCGCCACCGCCGUGCUGGGGAACCAGCUGGGGACGGCCAUCGGCUUCCUCCUGCCUCCAGUUCUGGUACCAAACACACCGGAGGACCUGGAGCGAACAGGUCGCAACAUCAGCAUCAUGUUUUAUGGGACAGCUGCUGUUUCCACUGGCCUCUUCGUUCUCACCGUCAUAGUGAUGAAAGACAAACCGCCUCUGCCACCCAGCCAGGCGCAGGCCGUGUUACCGGGCGUCCCGCUGGACGAUUACUCCUACAAACAGUCCAUCAUCAACCUGAUCAAGAACAAAGCCUUCGUUCUGCUGCUCAUCACCUACGGCAUCCUGACCGGAUCCUUCUACUCCGUCUCCACGCUGCUCAACCAGAUCAUCCUCCAUUACUUCCAGGGUCAGGAGCUGAACACGGGGCGGAUCGGACUGACUCUGGUUCUGGCCGGGAUGGUCGGGUCCAUCCUCUGUGGCCUUUGGCUGGACCACACCAAAACCUACAAGGUAACCACUCUCGUUGUCUACCUGCUGUCCUUCGUGGGGAUGCUGGUCUUCACCUUCACCUUGGACCUGAACAACAUCUACCUGGUCUUCUUCACAGCUGGAGUCCUCGGGUUCUUCAUGACCGGCUACCUUCCUCUGGGCUUCGAGUUCGGCGUGGAGAUCACCUACCCCGAGUCUGAGGGGACGUCGUCAGGGCUGCUCAACGCUUUCGCACAGAUCUUCGGCAUCAUCUUCACUCUGAUUCAGGGCCGGCUGACCACGGCCUUCGAUCCGCUGGCUGGGAACGUCUUCCUGUCCGCCUGGAUCCUGCUGGGUGUGAUUCUGACCGCUUUAAUAAAGUCAGAGCUGAAACGACACAACGUCAACAUGGCGACGGAGGGCAAAGCCCUGCAGGCGCAUCCCACCGAUCACCAUGGCGACCAUCCAGCUGGACAUCAAGCCAACGGUGUCCAGCUGGAGCCUUCGCUCGGCGUCUCCAGGGAAACGUCUCUGUGAGAACCAGAACCAAGCCCAGUCGGGUCCAGGUUGUUACUUAGAUUCAGAAACAGUCUUCAAUGGUCACAGCAACGCUCCGAGUCGGGUCGCUGUGUCUGGAGUUUCAGAACCCAAACUGGAUCUCCUACUGCUUCUCCGAACAGAUCCAGGAGGGAGCUGCUCCUGGUCCAACCAGAACCAUGAUGAUUGGACAGGAACAGAACCAGAACCUGGACCUGGACCUGGACCAUGUCUCAGUUGGUCCCGGUUCUGGUUGGAUACAUUUGGACUGAAUCAUGACAGACUCCUUAGAGUUCUGCAGCACAAACCGGUCUGGACCGAACAGAACCAGGGGGAGCAGUGCACAGAAAAGCACAACUUCCUGUUUUCCAUAGCUGUGUUUUCUCUGUGGAGCCUGUGGGGGGCGCUGUGGGGCCUCAGAAAAAAAAAUGCUAACAUUGAAAAAUUUAAAUCCCGGAAAUGUUUUAAUUUUAAAUGUAUCUAGUAUUCAAUCAUGUUUUUUAAUGAAAUAUAAGUUAAGAUAAUUUAUAUAAAUGUUAAUCUGAUUAUGAUUUUCUGAUCAAAUUCAUUUUUCCUAAAAGCAAGAAAGGGAAAAGUUUCUGACAAAAGGCCCAAAAAUCAUGAGAACUUUGGGAAUAAAAUAAAUUUGAUGUGAUUAUUAUGAAAUAUUGUUUUAUGUGGUAAAAAAAAAAGUCAUAAUAUAAGAUAUAAUAUAUCAUGGCCAAUUAAAAUCAGAUGUUAUGAGUUAGCAUUUAUGCUAAAUAAAUGUAAUAACUGUUGAAUAAAAACAUUCUAAAAGUUUA